GUGUCGACGAAUGAGAAUCCAGAGUCCAAGACUGUCAGCUCGGCCAAAGUAUCUGGGCUCCAGCGAAGCCAGGAGCAGAGUAACGAGGUGUCCUUCACCCCGCGUGUGUCCAGCCCCACCCCGGCCUCCCCGCCGACGGGCUCCCCUGCCCCCUCUGCCACCGCGGCAGCCCCCCCUCAGCCCCUCCCCAGGGCGCGGCUUGCCUCCCCGCCCCCCCUCCUCAUCAAGAGAGAGUCAAACCGGGCACCGCCCAUCCCCACCCCUCCCCUGCUGAGGGCACAGCCCCAUCCUUUCCAGGAGCACCGGAUCCCUGUCUCGCUCCCUCUCCCCCAGCACCAACACCACGCCAGGCCUCUCAUCAGCCACCAACAUCUCCAGCAUCACCCACUGCAGUACAACAGCCUGCACGACAUCAGGUACAGUAGGACCACAUCUUAUACGUAUGCUCUGGUUCUGUUUAGUUAUGCCUAGCUCUCUUACAUGCUCUGGUUCUGUUUAGUUAUGCCUAGCAGUCUUCUUAUACUUUAUACCUUGCUGAUAUGACAUGAAAUGAUAAGACAUGAUACAAUACCUCAUUGUCUUACGUCAGAUAGCGGGUCGAUUCCAUCUGCACUGAUCUGUCGUGUAUCUAGCAAAGGGUAAUGGGAUAGCUCGAAGUAGUUUGGAUACAAUGUGCUAUCUAACGUUAAAAAAUAUUACCUAGGUGACAUUGUCUAAUGACCCAAUUUCAUCCUCAAAACAGACUGAAUUAAUCAAAGCUAAAACAAUAAUCAUUAUCUUGUAUACACAAGUGGAAUUUCAGGUCAGCACAUCACAUAUACACACACAUUCUCAGAAUUCAUAGACACAGCUUCAAGUCAUGUAAUAAACCCACUCAAAUCCACUGAAUCCACAAUCUAUAUAACUCAUUGGUCUUUCUUUCUUUCUUUUCUUUCUUUCUUUCUUUCUUUCUUUCUUUCUUUCUUUCUUUCUUUCUUUCUUUCUUUCUUUCUUUCUUUCUUUCUUUAUUUCUUUCUUUCUUUCUUUCUUUCUUUCUUUCUUUCUUUCUUUCUUUCUUUCUUUCUUUCUUUCUUUCUUUCUUUCUUUCUUUCUUUCUUUCUUUCUUUCUUUCUUUCUUUCUUUCUUUCUUUCUUUCUUUCUUCUCUACAGUCACAGCAGCAGCAGCGCAGGCCUCCCCAAACACCACCACCUGCCCCCCUCCCCCCACCACCUGAGCGGCCUCCCCUCCUCCACCCCAGCCCUGCCCCUGUCCAUAGCCAACCUUUCUACCUCGCACUAUUCCUCCCUGCGAAGCCCGGCCCAUCGCCAUCCGGCCAUGUUCGCAACCCCCGCCACACUGCCGCCACCUCCGACCUUACCCACUAACAGCCUUGUGGUCCCUGGGCACCCUGCUGGCACCCCCUACCCAGGUAAGACUGCCCUCCUGACUUCUCUGGCAGCAAGCCUAGUCUGUCUGCCUGCCUUGUGUAGAAACUGGACACGUUCUGUAAAAGCCAGUUAGUGAAAACAUUCAGCUAUGUGUGUAUUCUCCUUGUAGUACUGAUAUGUUUUCUUAGACUUUGCUCCAUAGUUAUUUGUGGCCUGUUCUCUUGAUAAAUUAAUAAUAAAUCAAAUCCCAUUUUAUUUGUCACAUACACAGUUUACAGCAGGUAUAAAAGGGGAAGCAAAAUGCUUGCUCUUUCAACAAAGCAGAACAUUAAUCAAUAAUAACAAGUAGUAGAAGUAAUAAGAGGUAAUAAUAAUGAUCUAAUGAGAAAUUUGAGAACAAAGGGCUAUUCUGUAACAUUAAGUAGAAAUUCAGCCAAUCUACUGUGAUUUUCAAGUCAAUUGUUGCAGAAAUAAAUGUAAACCCAACUGUACAGUAAAAGCAUCCAAGUACAGAGGCAAUAAAAAUGAAUUAUGUGAUAUUAAGUAGACAUUAGCAUGCCAGGUUACAUUGUCCUGUAACCAGUGUUGGGGAAGCUACUCUGAAAAUAUAUUUUACCAAGCUACCAAUUACUUCUCACUGGAAGAUGUUGAGCUACACUAAAGCUACCUGUAAGAAAAAUAUAGUUUACUUAACUAAAGUUAUGUUGAAAAGUACUUAGUAAAAAAUUAUCAUAUCUAAAUCUGAAAUGUCAUAGACUACAAAUUGCAAGAACAGAUCACUCUGGAGUCAGAUGUUAACAGAAUGUGUAAUUUAGCCUAUUAAACACAAAAACGAUGUUUCAAGUGAGAAAUUGUAAGAAAUUCUUGCCUACUUCACCCACCCAUAUUUUAUUUUUGCAAAAGAAGUAGUGUGUAGUUCCAGUAGUUAGCUACACCACUACAUGGCAACAAGUAAUUAACUAGUGAAAACACUACCAAGAUUUGAAUUUAGUUCAACUACCACCAAGCUACUGAAAAAUGUAGUUAAAUUACUAGUUGAACUACAUGUAGUUCAUUACUCCCCAACACUGCCUGUAACAAGCGCUGUAACCAUUAAAUUAUGAUGUGGUAAGUGAACAAAUGUAUUACAAUUGCACAUGCAGUAAAGGAGGGAAUAAUGGAUCUAUGUAGGACUAUAUGAUAAAAUAAUAUAUAUAUUAUCCCAUUACAAAUGAUGAAGGCAUUUUAAAAAUCUUGAUGCCCCUCCAUGUUACUCCAAUUACUACUUUUUAUCAAUGGUAGAGAUUUCUCAUUUGUAUGCUGGUUUUAUUUGGCUCAAAACUUUGUUAGUUCUAUUUGAGUAAUCUGGGCUGAAGAACAGCUUUAAGUGAAAUGCCAGAGGAUCUUUUCUCCUCCGUGAUACUGCAUGCUGUCAGCUAUCUGUUCUUUUAUGGCAAGUCAGGGGAAUGUCAUGUUAGAUACAGUGGGGGAAAAAAGUAUUUAGUCAGCCACCAAUUGUGCAAGUUCUCCCACUUAAAAAGAUGAGAGAGGCCUGUAAUUUUCAUCAUAGGUACACGUCAACUAUGACAGACAAAUUGAGAUUUUUUUUCUCCAGAAAAUCACAUUGUAGGAUUUUUAAUGAAUUUAUUUGCAAAUUAUGGUGGAAAAUAAGUAUUUGGUCACCUACAAACAAGCAAGAUUUCUGGCUCUCACAGACCCGUAACUUCUUCUUUAAGAGGCUCCUCUGUCCUCCACUCGUUACCUGUAUUAAUGGUACCUGUUUGAACUUGUUAUCAGUAUAAAAGACACCUGUCCACAACCUCAAACGGUCACACUCCAAACUCCACUAUGGCCAAGACCAAAGAGCUGUCAAAGGACACCAGAAACAAAAUUGUAGACCUGCACCAGGCUGGGAAGACUGAAUCUGCAAUAGGUAAGCAGCUUGGUUUGAAGAAAUCAACUGUGGGAGCAAUUAUUAGGAAAUGGAAGACAUACAAGACCACUGAUAAUCUCCCUCGAUCUGGGGCUCCACGCAAGAUCUCACCCCGUGGGGUCAAAAUGAUCACAAGAACGGUGAGCAAAAAUCCCAGAACCACACGGGGGGACCUAGUGAAUGACCUGCAGAGAGCUGGGACCAAAGUAACAAAGCCUACCAUCAGUAACACACUACGCCGCCAGAGACUCAAAUCCUGCAGUGCCAGACGUGUCCCCCUGCUUAAGCCAGUACAUGUCCAGGCCCGUCUGAAGUUUGCUAGAGUGCAUUUGGAUGAUCCAGAAGAGGAUUGGGAGAAUGUCAUAUGGUCAGAUGAAACCAAAAUAGAACUUUUUGGUAAAAAACUCAACUCGUCGUGUUUGGAGGACAAAGAAUGCUGAGUUGCAUCCAAAGAACACCAUACCUACUGUGAAGCAUGGGGGUGGUAACAUCAUGCUUUGGGGCUGUUUUUCUGCAAAGGGACCAGGACGACUGAUCCGUGUAAAGGAAAGAAUGAAUGGGGCCAUGUAUCGUGAGAUUUUGAGUGAAAACCUCCUUCCAUCAGCAAGGGCAUUGAAGAUGAAACGUGGCUGGGUCUUUCAGCAUGACAAUGAUCCCAAACACACCGCCCGGGCAACGAAGGAGUGGCUUCGUAAGAAGCAUUUCAAGGUCCUGGAGUGGCCUAGCCAGUCUCCAGAUCUCAACCCCAUAGAAAAUCUUUGGAGGGAGUUGAAAGUCCGUGUUGCCCAGCGACAGCCCCAAAACAUCACUGCUCUAGAGGAGAUCUGCAUGGAGGAAUGGGCCAAAAUACCAGCAACAGUGUGUGAAAACCUUGUAAAGACUUACAGUAAACGUUUGACCUGUCUGUGUCAUUGCCAACAAAGGGUAUAGAAGUAUUGAGAAACUUUUGUUAUUGACCAAAUACUUAUUUUCCACCAUAAUUUGCAAAUAAAUUCAUUAAAAAUCCUACAAUGUGAUUUUCUGGAAUUUUUUUUCUCAUUUUGUCUGUCAUAGUUGACGUGUACCUAUGAUGAAAAUUACAGGCCUCUCUCAUCUUUUUAAGUGGGAGAACUUGCACAAUUGGUGGCUGACUAAAUACUUUUUUUCCCCACUGUAAGACUUGAGCAAAAGGACGUAAGAUGUUCAUAUUGAAGCUGACUUUUAGUUCUACUAUUAUGUUAAUCUUGCAAUAUUUACAUAUUAUUGUAAUAUAUCAAAUUUAGCAGAAUUGUGUCUUUAUGUGAUUUUGUCUCUGUAUAAGAUACAUUAUUGAGGUAAAUUAUUCUUUAUUGAUACUAUUUUCAUGUUUAUUGUACUAUAAUACAGAGUGCUUGACUUGGACUGAAAUAAAAAUGCCGGUACUCAAUUUGGGUGCGAGUACUAUUUAUAUUUAGGUGCAGGAGCUCCAUAAUACUUUUGAGCUAAUAUUCUAUAAGAGGAACAGGAGCUCAAGCAGUAGAACAUUUGAGGUGCCGAUACUCAGCUCCGGUGAGCUUCUGCCCAAGUCAAGCACUGGUAAUAGUAAUAGUAGUAGCUAUGAUAUGUAGCAUUAGUGGAGGGAGAGUCUGCUGUGUUUUCUGCUGAGGUGACUCUUGGUUCUCUCUUGUCUUUAGAUACCAGCCUGUUGAUAUCAUUCAACCAACCAAUCAUGUAUUGCCAGCCUCAUUCGGGGAUUCUGAUUGGCACAUUGUCACAGGCAACUCUCUUACCACCCCCAAUGAGUCCUCACGUAGAAAACCCUCACAGCAUGAGCUGGAGAAACAGAGAAUGCCAGGUGACUAUUCUUUCUUCUCUUCUACCCCGUUGUUAAGACUGACUGGCGCUGUGCCUUUCUUGUGUCUCCCUUUUUCCCCCUUUUCUCGCUCUCCUUUCUUGCAGAGCAUGACCUCCUGCGGCAGGAGCUGAACAACCGCUUCCUGGUUCAGAGUUCAGAGGGGCGGAGCCGGGGGCCGUCCUCUGCGGGGUCCCCGCUGGCCCCUGUGUCACUCCUGAGGGGAGAGUUUCACCAACACCAGCACAUGCAUCAGCACCAACACACCCACCAGCACACCUUCACGCCCUUCCCGCCCAGUCUGCCCCCGGCCACCAUCAUUCCUCCGCCCACCGCACCCCCCAUGGUGCGUACCCCAGCCAGAAAUGUGAGGAUAAGUAAAUCUCCAAUAUAGUACCUCGACCGCCCCUCCUCUUCCUCGUCCUAGUCACCCCAACCGCCAAACGUUCAUCCCCCUCCAACCGAUAUGGCUUAGAGCCUGCCCUCCUUCCCUCCCAAACAUAUGCUAUCCAAUCUCCCCUCUGCUGGUUGGGUCUCUUGGUCCUCUGCAUACUGUCACAGGGACACUGUAACAGUGUGUUUUUACUGAGAAUUGAGGAACAGGAGGCAGGGGCACAUCUAGUCAUCACUACAGCCCCAUAAUAAGGACACGAUCUAACCUGUCAUCUCCCCGCCACAGUACACAUGAUUGUAGUGGUUCAUCCUCAAUGCUGAAACCAGACAUAAUACUACAGUAUGUAAUAAUAGAGAUUAUGCUUUGGGACCAGGGUUUUACAUGCGGGUUAGCCUUUAUAGAGGGCUGAGCUUCAAACACAUUACAAUGCACAAAGGCUCACUAUAUGCCCCUUUCCUUUACAGCACAAGGGAAGCUUGCCAAGCCAAUGUAUGUCAGUACAGUUGAUUCAAUGUAUUCAUCAUUCUCUCUCAUGACAUACAUUUUGCUGUUUCAAUUUUUUGUCCUGGAACAAAGGAGACUGAUUGAAGGGAGUGUUUUUAUUGUUUUCAUAUGGAUGUGUUUUAAAUGUUUUUGAAUGUUCUGAUUUCCCUGCACCGCAACAGAAACAAAAGGGCCUGCCAACAGAUGUGUGGCGUGACUGCGGUGCACUGGGGGCUAAUGUUCUGCAAUGACAAAUUCAAAGCCUGUGGUUCAUUGCAGAUGAAAGGGUGUGACGUCAUUCGGACUGUUUUGAUCAUGUAUAAUUGCUUCAGUGCCUUUUCAACUGCUAUCAGACAAGGCAUCAGACAGCAUCGAGUCAGCCAUCGAGUCAGCCUUUGAGUCAGCCUUUGUGUCAGCCUUUGAGUAAGCCAUCGAGUCAGCCAGGGGCAAAACAUUGACAGCUCUAGAUGGGAAAAAUUUUCACCGGAAAAGUUAUGAGUAUUCAUCCAUCAUUUGGAAUUCAAUAGCAAUCUGAGAAAUCCAUUCAGACAGGACUCCCAUUUGUGCCCUUUCAGCAUUAGUGUAAUAGACAUAAUCUAUCAUGUCAUGACCCCUAAUUAAGAGGCUAGGGCCCGUUUAGCGCAUGGGGCUUUGCUGCUUUGCUUUGUGGAAUCUAACAUGAUCCCUGUAUGUUAGAAACGCCAGGAAAAGGGCUUAUCUUAUUUACAUACAGUAUACAGCUAUCUGAUAAGCAGUCAGGGAGACUGUUUAGAUUGUGAAUCGCUCCGUCAAAAAGCAUGUGUGCUGCUGUUGUUAUCUUCUUCUGUCUGCAGCUGAUCCCUUCAUUCCUCUAUAUGUCAGCCAGGCAUUCUGUUUGAAGAUGAAGAGAGAGUUAUUUCCUCAUCUUGCUAAUGCUGUAUGGCUUUGUGCGCUCACAUCUCUAUGUUGUGUCUGAUGCAUUGUUGUUAGAAUGGGAUUUAAGACUGUUAAUGUAUUCUGUUUUAUUGAGACUGUGUUUUUACUUAACCCAUGUUGUUUUUCUCUCCUCUCCUCCCUCCAGCAACAUUGUUGUUUCACUUUCAUUUUACUGCUUGUUUAGAGAGGCAGGAGUAAUGUUGAUGUUGUGGGUGUUUUUUAGUGUUUGUCAUGAAGUGUGCAGUUGGAUCGGUCCAGCUGUGCUCACUUUGAGCGCUACAUGUCAUUUCAACUAUGUAACGGCCCUUUGCUAAUAGCUGUACUGAAUGCAAUUAUGAAUCCUCUGUAUUGGUUUAUUGUUCUACGCCAUCAAGCAGCGGGCCUGCCAAAUGGCAACACUCACUGUCUAUUUUCCCCUCUGUCUUCUUAGGGAAAAGGAAUAUCAUCAAUUGUUUAAAGAUGAAAUACUGAGCUUUAAUUAUCCAAAGCUGUUUACAAUAAACCUCUGACAGGCCCUGUAAAUUACAAAGCAUGAGUUUUAUAGACAGCCAUAAAGCCACCAGUGAGUAUUACUCCCCCAGUGUAAAACAUAAAACAGGCCUGUGCUUCAGAAGGAAACGAGAGAGUAGAGGGGGAAAAGGAGAGCGGACCGGUUUAAUGAGCUUGGAAGCUGCCUCAGCGUUUCCACUCAAUAGGGUGUCUGUGUUUGAUUUGGGCCAAUUAUCGCCAGCAAACACAAACACAAACCCGCCGCUGUGACCGUUCUCUGUGGCGGAUGUUGAAUGGCCCCGCUUCGCUGGCAGGCCCAGGCCCAGUCAGAGGAGCUAUGCCUAGUGUGUUGAGCGAGAGAACCGCCUCCUUUCCCGCCCAUGUCGAAGGAGGGAGACACACAAACACACUCACACACAGAAUGAACUGAUUCGUGUGUGUCUCGUUUUUCCUUUUUUAUGUAAACCCAAACCAGCGGCGGUUUGUAAAAACACUCACAAAAGUACCUGCAAAUGGGUUGUCUAUUUAUGGAAUAGGAAGAAGCAGGUUUCAAAAUAGAGGAGCAGUCUUGGUUUACAUGCAGUCACACAAAGUCCCCAUUCAUACAUGGGAAUACGCUCUCUCUCUCUCUCGCUCUCUUCUUGUCUGUAGGCCCUCACUAACUGACAAAUAUGUAAACUAGAGUCCCGUGGCUUGGCCUCAUGACCAGAUACUGUAUAUGAGGCUAUAGUCUUUCUGUUGAAAUCCAUUAUUCUAUUAGUAUGCUUCGGAAAAUGUUUAACUAUAUUAAGUUGAGUCUUUGAAAAUUGAAAAUGUAGUCUACCCAAUUCAAUUUCUCCUAUAAAAGACUGACUGCUCGUAUACCCACAGUCAUAUGAUGUUACGCAUAGAAAAUUGGCAUGUCUCUGAGAUUUCUCUCUCUGAAUCGUCACACACACUAAAAUGGCAACCCCCCUAUAGUAUGUAUGUGUCUCUGUGUGCUCCAUUUCCAUAACAGAGAUCAUUGUAAAACCCUACAUCUGUCACAGCCAAUUAGUUUCACGUCUCCAAAUGUUCCACCUAAUAAGAAACAUAACUCAAUCUUCUCGUUUUACACUGGGGCCUUUUUGUAAGGUAGGGAGAUCUCCCCCCGCCCAAGUAUUGUACUGUAUCUAGGCCUAACUCAAUGGCUGUUUUUCUGUGCUGCAGACAAAUUGGAAAAUCAUGUCUCUCUUAUCUUGGCAGUCCAUUUGAUUAGUCAUAUCGCUGAUGAUUUAACUUCUUCUCAAUCUGCAGUCUGGCCGGCCAGCCGCACGCUAAAGGGAAAAAAAACAUGACCCCAGAAGGCUGAGUGUUUCCUUUGAGCCAGCUGCUGUCAGACUUCCUGGGCUUUUGAUCUAACUGAUGUUGUACUGAACUUCCUCUCUCCUGUGUUGUUCUAUCACUGAAUAGGUGUAAUGGGGUUUUCUUGUAUUCCUUUGAUGGUCUUUAGUUCAUAGAUGCAGAGUUCCUGUUAUUGUUAUUGGUCAGUUUGGCAGAACUGACGUUUUACUAUUUUCUUCCCCAUUCUUUUUUCCAGUUCGACAAAUACGCUCCAAAACUGGACAACCCAUUCAUUAGACAUUCAAAUGUAAGUAAACUAUUUAUUUCCUUUCAACUUCUAUCACCAUGCUUUUAGCAUGUUUUCUAUCAAAUAUUUACUGUGGUUAGAUAUUUGAAAUUAUGAGAAAAUAUCCAUUUAUUCUUCUACACAUGUUUAAGUAUGUCUGAAUGUUGUCUCUAUGCGUCUUGUUGUAAUCUGUUUUAAGAAGUGGUUGUGUGUCUCCUCUCCUCCAUGCAGUUCUUUCCCUCCUACGCCCCCACAAUGCCAGGCAUGCCCCCGCUGCUCCCACACUCAGGACCCUUCAGCUCACUGCAAGGAGCCUUCCAGCCCAAGGUUAGCCCCACAGACCUGCACACACACGUAUGCAUUGCGCACACGUACACAAACACACAUACACACAGUACACAUGUGCGCAUGCACACACCCACACUCACACAUACACACACACACUCAUCCACUCACAUAAAGACAAAUAUAUUGUACUACGCACACAAACACACACACAAACUCAUUCACUCACACAAGACAAAAACACCACAUACACAUACACACACACAUAAACAAACACACAUGCAUUUCUUUCACAAACACACCCGCACUGGCAACUUAGCAUUCUGCUCAUCAUCACACCCAAGAAUGAGAAUAGAAUUAGGGGGCCUGGAUAGCACCAACUACUUCCUUUACAGUCUGUGUACAGGGCAGCAGGCAGCUGCGUUUCAAGUGAACCAGCCUGACAAAUCUGCUCCUGCUGAUUUUUUCCCAAUAAUGGACUAUGCAAACAAGGCCUGUCUUUAAGCUGGCGGGCCUGAACUACCAGCCACCAUGCCGCGCUGCACAGUGCAGGGGGAGAUAAGCAGCCGUGUGUGUAUAUGUGUGUGUGUAUAUGUGUGUGUGUGUGUGCGUGCGUGUGUGACAAUCGGGGCCUGGCAGGCGCCCAAUAGGCUCUGACCCUGUUGUAAGCCACCAAUCAAAGCUGGCCUAAAUCCCCUGGUCUUAUUCCCUACAGGCUCUAUAAUGGAGGUAUUUUGUUUCCUGCCUCCAGAUGGUUAGAGUACAGUACAGUUAGCCCCCUCCAUCUCUCCAUUCACCACCUACAGCCCCCCGCUGGGCACCACUGAGCAUCAGGAGAGGGGUUGGAGGAUGGAGCGUGAAGGGUGUAGGGUGGAGGGUGUGGUGCUAGGGAUCACCUGGGAUCACCUAGUACUCUGGGAUGGAUUAAGAUGGCUGAUCUAGGCAUUCUGGUUAUUCUAGACCUCAAAGACAGAGAUCUAUAAUUUGCUGUCUUGUUGAUUAUGUACUGGAGACAGCAUAGGAGUGAUAGUCAUUGACGUCACAUACAGUUGCUUGCUGUGCAGGGUCUCUUGGUGUGAAUCAAUGCAGAAGAGGCAAUGUCUAUUGUUGGUGUUGUGAUUCUGUGCAAAGUUAAUUUUUCCACCAUCUUCAUUUUGUAUCACUCUGUCUUUCUCUCCUCCAUUGCUCUCUCUUCUUUAUCUAUCCUCUCUUUUAGUCGUCUAACCCCAUAGACGUAGCAUCCCGUCCGGGGGCAGUACCUCACACACUCCUACAGAAGGACCCACGGGUACGUAGCCUACUGCCACUGUGUUGUCCCUCGAAAACACUAAGCACAUGCUUUAUGCUGUACAAUAGAGAUGAAUGAAAUAUAGAUGAUUGUGGCUGUGGGUUGAUUAUGGUUCAUAUUUUCUUCUUUCAACAACACAGGUAUCAGAUCCUUUCAGGACAUCAGUCAGAGUAAGAGAUGGUUUCAUUUGUCUUCCAUGCACUGUCAAAUCUACUGCAGUACCAAGUACCAACAUGUCAUAACAUUGAGUAAAUUCUACAGUAUCAUCGUGUCAUAGCGUUAAGGUUUUGGGUUUAACCUACAGUAAUUUGCUCACUUCCAGAAACCUGGCAAGUGGUGUGCGGUGCACGUCCAGAUCGCCUGGCAGAUUUACCACCAUCAGCAGAAGAUGAAGGUGAGCUAGCUGAGUGUGUGUGUGUGUGUGUGUGUGUGUGUGUGUGUGUGUGUGUGUGUGUGUGUGGGGCUGUGUGUGUGGGGGUGUGUGUGUGGGGGUGUGUGUGUGUCUGCGUCCUUAGGAGGAAGGAGGCCAAGGGAAGGGAGGGGAAGGAGGGAUGUGCCUGAUCCUCUGCCAAAUGUUUUAUUUUCCCAAGGAUUCCUCUCUUUCUAUGCCUACUUAGGCAGCGGCCAUUCUGGUUGUGGUUUGGAAGACACCUCUUGUCUCUGUCAUAGGCACCCUGUCCUCAUGGGGUUUAGUGGGCCUAAUCAGCUUACACUGAUUUUGUUAUGACACAGUGGGUAUGUGUUGGGGAUCUAGAGGCAUUAUUUAUGUUGUCGCCCCACUCUGAUCUCACAUAGUGAUUAUAUCACUGAUUAUAGCAGAUUAGAAGUCCCUCCUUGACUAUGAAAUUACUGGCGUCAAUUAUUGUUAAUUACUACAUUUGCAAACACUGACAGUGCCACUUUGUUUAUUUUCUUUCUCAUCCUCUACCUUUUCUUUCCCUUUUAUCUUCAUCUUGCUGUCUGUCUGUCUGUCUGUCUGUCUGUCUGUCUGUCUGUCUGUCUGUCUGUCUGUCUGUCUGUCUGUCUGUCUGUCUGUCUGUCUCUGUCUGUGUCUGUCUGUCUGUCUGUCUGUCUGUCUGUCUGUCUGUCUGUCUGUCUGUCUGUCUCUCUCUCUCUCUCUCUCUCUCUCUCUCUCUCUCACCCCUUCCCUCUAACAGCAGAUGCAGGUGGACCCUCACAAACUGGACAUGAAUGGAAAGCUGGACCUGUUCAGUCGUCCCCCCGCCCCAGGGGUGUUUCCAGGGUUUCCCUACACCCACGACCUGGCACGACCCAUGUUCUCCUCCACAGGUCAGUACAGGGCUCAUCGUCCUCUACCCAGCACAGGGCACAGAGGGACAGGUCACAGGGCCUUUAGGGAUAUUCUAGUUUCAGAUCUGAACUUUUCAUUUUUGUCUCCCAUUGACAUCUAUAAGUGAGACACAAAAGUCCGGCUCUCAAGUCAGAAUACCGCCCCUACUGCCCAUAACCACACAAUUCUGGUGAUGUGGGUGCCAUGCCCAAUCUACCGAAGCCCAUAGUACCUUUCAGGGCUUCAGGCUGAAUUCUGAGUAGGCCUACUGUUGUCCAAUAAGAGUGUAACUCUAUGCAUAUAGACAGUUGUUUAUUUCCUCGUUACCUGUCACAUUGCUCCACACCGGUAAUGACACACAGUACGUUAGUGUUCAGCUGUGUUCUAUUCUUCUUUACCCUAGUUGAAGUGCUGUUUUUGUAAAUGUUGUCCUAGACAUGUGAUGAGGCCAUGAAUAUGGAUGCUCCCCUAUGGAUGCUUCUCUAUGUGUGCGUCCUAAAUGGCACCCUAUUCCCUACAUAGUGCACUACUUUUUGUCAAAAGUAGUGCACCAUGUAGGGAAUAGGGUGCCAUUUGGAACACACUUAUUUGUGAUAAUUGACUGGUAGAACCUGCCUGAAGGGCAACAUGGAGGCGGGUGCCCUUUAGCUUGUAAUUAUGCAGUAUUGUGUCAUGAAUUGGCUUGUAAUUGGCUCGUUCAUUAAAUAUGGGUGAAGAACAUUUUGUAAAAGAGGUCAACGUCUGUUCAUAAAAAAGCGCCCCCUAUCCUAAAUGCAUAUACACGUACGUGCGCACACACAUCCACACAUCCACUCACGUGAGACUAUUGAAUAUUAUGCUAAUUGCUGUCAAGCCUUUCUCAGCCAACCACUGUUAACCCUAUGAAACAUCAAAUGUCCUUCACUGUAUUUUUGGUGGUUUGUCCUCUUUCUAGAUGCCUAGUUAGAGGUUAUGACAGAUGACUACUGAUGCCACUAUCUGAGUGGACACACUGAGAUGACAUGGUCUGUCCUCUCUCUCUCUCUCUCUUAUCGAUUCUCUCUGCUCUAUCUCUCUCUCUCUUCUCUAACCUACUCGUACUAAUAUUAUCUCUCUCUCUCUCUCUCUCUCUCCUCUCUCUUCUCUUCUCUUUCUUCCCACCUCCCCCCGCCCCCCCUAGGUUCUGGCCAUCCGGCCGCCUCCCCGUACGGCCACUCCCCCCACCACAGCGGCUUCCUGCCUCCCAGCCACUUGGCAGGUAAGUGGAAGUAGCACCACAUUUUACAUCUAACUUUUUCUCUUUCUCUCUCUUUGUUGCACUCAUAUAGAGAAGACUACUACAGUCACAUUUGUUGUUUGGAAAAUAAGUUAAGUUGAAGGUUAUAAUAGGGAUAUAGAGGUUCUUAGUUGGCUAGUGAAGCCAUCCUGUUGUUUCUCGUACUGAGUUUAAGUUUAGGGCUGUGUAGAGAGACCUCAUGAAAUCUAUCCCUGUGAUUCAUAAAAGAUACCCUUGAAUUACCCUCCUGCCUGUACUGUAAUGGAAGGAAGGCCACUCUGGGCUUGUUAAGGUCGUUUUUCUAAUUCCCUGACUUUAUUUUCCAGCCCCUUUGUUCAAGGGAAGGUUUUUUACUGCACAACAUUUCAUAUUGCCUUGGACAGAGGCAGAUGGCCUCAGCAAAUAUGCCAUUUUACCUUGAGGCUUCUUUCUAUGGCCUCUUCCAGUUCUGCUCAUCUCUUUCACAGACAGAGUAAUGAAGGUUUUGUUUUAUUCUGUAGUUCCCGUCAAAUAUGUUGUUAGGCUUCAGUGCAGCAAGGUCAUUUCACGGGAUAAGCUCUUGAGUCAAUCCAAUUUGAGUUUAUAAACACCUGGUGCACAGGGGAGAAACGUUGAGGAAUUAUGAUACCCCUCAAAGAUUUUGGGUGAAAUUCCUGCCCAAAGAACUAAUUGAAGUGUGUCUUGGCAGGAAAAAAUAUGUUCUAGCUGUUGUUUGCUGAUAGAUUGACAAACUGUUGUAUUGCAUUCACCACAGAGUGGAAGUCUUUCAAAACUAGAUUAAAGGAUCAUUCAUCAUUGAUAUAACAUUUUCCAAUAUUUCUUCUUACUCAGUCUUGAAAUCUUUGAUAAGGUUGUCUCCUGGUUCCUCAGGUAGGUAUGCAUACCUUUCCAUUUUGAAUUCCAUGUAAACUGUGACCAGGUUUAACUAAGGCACUCAUAAUAGAAAAGGUGCUACGUAGAAUGAUAAAGGCUUCUUUGGCUGGAACCAUUUUUGGAUCCAGGUAGAAUCUUUUCACCCAACGAAGAACCCUCAAAGAACCCUUUAACCUGGAAACAUACAGCCGAAGAUCCCUAUGGUUCUAGGUAGCACAUCUUUUCUCAGAGUGUGCAGGUUAAAAUGGAAGUAUGAAACACUGAAGCAUCUCUAAGGCCUACUCAACAAACAUUCUCCAUUAAAGCAGCAGUGUGCCUGACUGUUGGAGACCUCCAAAUCCCCUGUCCGAUUGUAGUCCAGCUCCAACCUAGACCCCAUCAUACUCAGUCUCCCAUCAGGCAGUGCUUCCCUAGCAUCAGGGUUAGAGAUUAAAGGCUCCGCUCCAUUAUGGACAGUGUGGGAGUAAAUCCAGUGUCCAAGAGGUCUGAGAGGCCAGAGCAGGCAGCAAGCCUUGCUAGCUAACUACAUACAGUAGGAUUAGAGGAAGGAGGAUAGCAGCGCUAGAAAACCCACAGCUCCGCUUGUAAGAGAAAAGCUGAGUGGAACGAGUGGUCGGGCUCCUCCAGCCAGCUCAGCUAAUCCCUGUUUGGCAUUUUGCAGAUCCUUUCAGUCGCUCCAGUACCUUUGGCGGCCUCUGCAACCUUUCAACCAGUGCCUUCGGAGGAUUAGGCAACCCCUCGCUUGGUAAGCGUCAGCCCCCCGCCCCCCCCAUGGGCCAGGGAGGAACGAAAUCAAGGCACUUAGUUCUGCAUCAAAUGCCAAAAUAAAACUAACGCAGGGAGCAACAAAAAGGCAGGCAGCACAGCUACAGCACAGCUGCAACACAGCUACAGCACAGCUCCAACACAGCUCUCUCUCUGUCUCUCCAUCCACCCCCCUCCCCAGUAGCUUGGCUUUAAUCUGACAGCAACACUGCCAAGCACACAGCACUCAUAGGCUUUCUGUUUGGUUGCUAUUCAUGUAUUAAUUAUUCUACAAGCCCCCUCAUCGCCACUGUGGAGGGCUAUCUCUCUCUCUCUCUCUCUCCCUCUCACUCUCUUAUUCUCCUCUGCCAAAUAAUUUGCCCUGUAGCGAAAUGGAUUUCAGUGAAAUAGACACCCUGUGGAAUGCUAAGGUCUCCCCGGCUUUUCACAACCCUCACCCCCAGAGGGUAAUUGAGUCUCCCCCCCCAUCCGCCCCCUUUCCAGGGAAAAGGCCCUGAGAAUGAGGAGUGAAUGGGGGGAGCAGAGCAGAGUAGGGUCCGUGGUUCAAGCAGCUAGAAGUGCAGAUGGAGAAGCCAUUAACCUGGCCAGUCUUUGUAAAGCAGAGCUGCUUGCAGCAAAAGACCGCUCAGAACUCUCAGGACAAAGACAAAGCUGCUUUUGUGUUGAUUUUCUUUUUCUUUCAUUCUUUCCUCUUGUCUCUCCAGCUUAUGUUGUGUGUCCAGGAGGGAGUUUAGUUUGGUUCGCUUACACUCUUUUCUCCCUGUCGCCUCUCCUUAAGGAUCCAACAGUGUCUUUGGCCAUAAAGAGGGCCCAGGGGGCCUGCCAGGCUUCGGCAGCCCCCACCAUGACACCUGGAACAGGCUCCACCGGACCCCACCCUCCUUCCCCACCCCUCCACAGUGGCCCAAGUCUGCAGACACGGAGCGCAGCAACUCAGUCAACAGCCACGAGCGUGAGAGAGAACGAGAGCGGGAACGGGAGAGGGAGCGAGAACGGGAGAAAAGAGAUUCAUCCAUCAGCAAAGAGGAAAAGGAUAAAGAUAGGUAUGUAGUUUAUAUGAAUACAAUUCAGAAUUAUUUCUAUUAGUUGUAAGUAACACAAGUGUUUGUGUUAAUUGAAUGCACAUUUUCAUGCACACAUAUUUCCAACUAAAGGAAAAAAAACUCCCUUCUAACCUUCUGAUAAAUACAUAUUUUUAUUUUGUUUGUGUCCCUCACAGAGAUUCGAUUGACCGUAACCGCCACUCCAACCGUUCAUCCCCUGCGUCGGCCCCAACCAGCUACCAGAUCAGCAGCCUGAUCCGCUCUAACAGCCAGAACUCCAGCGACUCGGGUCGCCACCACAGCGGCAGCGUGGACCGGGUCCGGGAGGCAGAGAAGGAACUCCCGGAGCGCCACCGAGAGGUGGCCAUGUUGGGGGAGGUCAAGGUGAAGGAGAGCCGCUCCCCUGGAGGAGGGAAGGAGGUGACAGACAGAGACAGACGCUCCUCAGAAGACUCCAUCAAACCAGCCCACCGCACGCCCUCCCCCUACUCCAAGGCUGUCCUAUCUGAAACAGGCAUGAAGAUGGCUGGUGGCCCCCCACCCACGCUACUCAAGGACGGGGACAGGGACAGGAAGGAGGCUCGUCCAUCCUCCGGGGGGGACCUGCUGCUGCACAAGGUGAAGAACGACAUGAAGAUCAAGGAGGAGCGCAAGGAGGACCAGGAUGUGGUGGUGGUGAGCUCCGAGCCUGCCCCUCAGCCUGCUCCUCCUCCUCAGCCUCUACCUCCUCCACCGCCCCAGCCCGGUCACCACCACCACCACCACCCUCCUCUGUCCCAGCAGCCCCCGCCCCCCUCCCCACGCUGCAGUGAAAUGCCCACCCACGGCUCCCUGCACGGGGUACACAUGGCCCACUCCUUGCCCCUCUCCAUGAGCGCCAUGCACCAGAUGGGAAGUCUCAACGUGCUAGACCGGGCUCGCAUGGCUCCCUUUAUGGGGGUGAGCCCCCUGGCUGCUGCUGCAGGGAGGGACCGGAUGCCCCACCAAGCCUUCCCCUGGGACCCACUGAGGGAGGCCUACCGCAACAUGGACCUGCAGCGCAGGAUGGACUUCCAUCUGAGGGCGGAGCAGGCCCAGCGCUUCCCCAGCAUGUACGAGCAGGAGCGGGCCUACCGGGAGAGAGAGGCCCACGACUACUCCCACCACGAGCACCUGCUGGAGGUACGGCGGGAGCAUGAGAGAAUGAGGCAACAGGCAGAGGAGAGGGAGCGCCAGCACCUGAGGGAGGAGCUGGACCGGGCACGGCUCCACCAGCUGCACCAGUCCCCCAUGGAGGGACACCUGCCACACAUGCCCCCUUUCAUGCCCCACCUGGGCGGCAUGCCCUAUCCCAGACUCAGCCCCUCCACCGGACACAAUGGCCUGCUGAACCGGACGCCCCCCACUGCUGCACUUAGCGCCCCCCCUCCACUAGUGGCAGCGGGGAGCGCCAGACCAGCCUCCCCCAGAAGGACUACCCCCCUCACCACCCAGGACCCCCGAGAUUACUCCCCCUCCCGCAACCCCAAAGAAGUGGAGGCACGG